AGCUAGAAGUUAUUAAACCUUCUCUUAACCACCCAAGUCACUCUUGGCAUUUUGUAUAGAUAAUAACAAAAAGAAUUUUCAAACUUUUGGAGCCAGAGGCUAAAAUUUCAGCAAUAAUGGAGCUCAGGUAAGGGAAACUCUCUCUCUCUCUCUCACACACACAAACGCACACACAUCACCAGAAUUCAAUUUGGGUAUGGAGGACCAGUUUUGAUCAAGAGUUUCAGAUUCUAGAGUUCAUGGUCCCAAAUUACAAUACCAGCCCAUCCCAAGUAGUCUGAAUUUAUUUUUUCUUCCUUAUCCUCAUGACCAACUAGAUGCCUUUUACAAUGUUUCUAUCUUGUUGGAAUCCUUCCAACACUUCCUUUAUGGCCUAAAGGCAAUUCUCUCUCUCUCUUAGCCCACAGUUCAAUAAGAUAUUGAAAAGAAUAACAUAAAAAUCCCUCAUCACCUGUAUCUUGGUCUCAAGUCUCAUCACCCCUUUUGGAAAAUAUCAAACCCUGUACAGACAGAUUCAAUUUUCUUUUCUCAAGUUGGUUUGGUAUUGAGUAGAUUGGUCUCGAGGGCGAGUCGUCCGAGUCAUCAUCAUCGAAUCAGGCGUGGCGAAAGAUAUAUCCCGAUCAUAAUGAGACACCAAUACCACCUGCAUCGUCUCCUACUCGACACAAAUCUACCAACCAAUGGAAGCCGGAUGACUUCCUCAGACGCAGGAGACGCCAACUUUGACAGCAACAUGGUGAUAAUUUUAGCAGCCUUACUAUGUGCACUAAUAUGUGCCCUGAGCCUAAACUCAAUAGCACGCUGUGCUUUAAGGUGUGGUCGUAGACUCGCAUUUGAGACACCGGAACAGGCUGCGUCGCGUUUAGCCUCAACGGGCCUGAAAAGGGACACAUUGAGUGAGAUUCCGGUGGUUGUUUACAAGACAUCCGGACUGGACUCUCUGGCAACAGAUUGCCCGAUAUGCCUCGGCGAAUUUUCGGAAGGAGAGACGGUACGGAUCUUGCCAAAAUGCAACCAUGGUUUCCAUGUCAAGUGUAUUGAUACUUGGUUGGUGUUACAUUCAUCAUGUCCAACAUGUAGGCAGCUACUACCUGAACAUCCCGGAAGUUCUAAUUCUAAUGCAGGGGUGGUGGGUGUUUAGAAAUUUAGUCUCAGGCAAUGGGUUCAGAAAGAUAGCCCCCAAGAUUAAUUUCAACUCAACUCGACUAAGCGUUGUCAUUAGACCACUCGUGCGAAUUUUAUGGUCAUACUCGAGGUUCUAGUUUUGAAUUACUUUACAGUUUAGAUUAUCAAUGGAACUUGUUGGAGAUGGUAUGAUAGUGAAUGAAUGUCUAUAUAAGUAGGUAAAGCUUUAGUUGAGGCAGUUGAAAUAGAUUGAGUUUCCUCUGUUUGGGUGUUUUGUGUUUUUCCUUUUAAUCCA